AUGGUUGAUGAUGACAUUUGCAAAAUGGAUCCCAUAGUCAUCACUUGGAGGGGAAAGGCCAGGAAUAGCCAGCCAGCCCACAUCUGACUAUGAAAUAAACAAAAAAUAAACAUUUAAUUUUUUUAAAGAAGUUAAUCCCAAAAGGCUACAUACAAUACAUAAUGAUUUUGAAAUGACAAAAUUGUAUAAAUGAAGAACAAAUUAGCGAAUCCCAGAAGUCAAGGACUCAGGUGGGGUAGUGAGGUAAAAGGGAGGUGAGUGUGGUUAUAAAUGAAAGAAACAAGAGUAUCCUUGUGGUGAAGUGUUUGGUAUAUUUUGAGUGUGGUGGUGGAUAUGUAAACCUACACAUGCGAUAAAACUGAAUAGAAAAAAAUGAAUACAAAUGAAACUGGGGAAAUCUGAGUAAGAUAGGUGCAUUGUAUCAAUAUCAAUAUCCUGAUUGUGACAUUAUAGUAUAGUUCUGCAAAAUGUGGUCUGGUUCCACAUCUUCCUGUGUGCCUGGAGUGAGUGCCUCAUGAGGAGGAAAAGAAAAGCAAUUAGGAGAUAUUUGAGGAUGUUCAAAUUGUACAGACUGGAAUAAGUAUUUGGAAAGCUUUCUUGGAUCUCCUGUUCUAGAAAUUUGCCUCCUACCUUAUUAUAAUAAUGACUUAAAUUGGUGUCUUUUAAAAAAAAAUACAAGUGUUUUCUACUAUGAAAACAAAUCAUAUUCAUUAUUUUUUGUCCUCUAAAGUGCAAAACUAAAAACACCACUAUAAUUCCACCACCCAAAUAAAACGUUUUAACAUUUCUAUCCCUCAUAAUCUUGUUUCUGUGCCUCUUUUUACAAAACAUAUCUUUAUUUAGCAAUUGCUGUUUUAUGUCCUGCUUUUUUCACUCAGCGUCACCGCCUUUCUCCCCAUAUUUUUCAAAGACAUUCUGAAUGGCUACGUUAAACUUCAUGGUGGAAUUAUUUACUUUCCAACUCCCCUGCAUGACUGCAGAAUGUGCAUCUCUCUCUGUGCAGAAUGUUUCGCCCACAAAACUUUCAAACAUCUUCCAGAGAACUACUGGGCCACCUUUCAAGUCUCAGGUACUCGAUACCCUCUCUCAUCCAACCCACUGCGCCUAUUUCCAUAGGGUCUAUUUUCCAGAGUCCGCGCGUCGGUCACUUUCCAAACUCCCGGCGCCCUCCGUUUCCCGUAGGCACGUGACGAUGUCACGCAACAGCAUUGCUUGUUUCCCUGGUGACGGUUGCUGGAGUAGCGUGGGCAGGCGUCCGGAAGAAGUGACCGAGCUGCGGCGACCCUUGAAGGGAGGAGCGGAGUGACUGCUGGCAAGAUGGCAGCAGAUGAAGGCUCACAGGAUACCUUGCGGCUCCAGUUCAAGGCCAUGCAGGAGAUGCAGCACAAAAGGUUACAGAAGCAGAUGGAGAAAUGGAAGGAAAAGGAACUGAGCCUCAAAAGCAGAACUGAUGACCACAAAGAGCCCUUGGAGAUUUCCAAUGGCCUCAGCCUUCUCCAAGCUGGGGAGCAAAACUCAAAAAACAGCUUUGAGCAGAGAGUGCUUCAAGAUGAGCUCGAACAGCUUCGCCACCAGCUCAGGGAAACAGUGGAUGAGAACGGGCGACUGUAUAAACUGCUGAAGGAAAGGGACUUUGAGAUCAAACACCUCAAAAAGAAAAUAGAAGAGGACAGAUUUGCCUUCACAGGGACAGCAGGUAUGGCUGGGGAUGUGAUGGCCACCAAAAUCGUCGAGCUGUCCAAAAAGAACCGGGUGCUGACAGCAGAGUCAGAGGGUGCGAAAAGCAGAGUGAAGCAGCUGAGCAAUCGCAUCCAGGAGCUGGAGGUGGAGCUGCAGGCCGCCCCAGCCAGGCUACCAGCCAAAGGCACCGCCAACGCAGGAGCCAAGCCACCAAAGGCCCAGACAGGAGGCGGAGCUGUGCUGGACACCCCAGAGGUGAAGGUCUUGCAGGACAAGCUGGCGGCCACAAAUCUGAAGAUGAGUGACCUCCGCAACCAGAUCCAGUCUGUGAAGCAGGAGCUCCGAAUGGCCCAGAAGGUUUUGGUCAGCGAAGUGGGAGAAGAUGUGAGUGUACAGCAGCUUCUGUCCUCACCAGGGACCUGGAGGGGUCGGGCUCAGCAGAUUCUCGUUUUGCAGAGUAAGGUCCGAGAGCUUGAGAAGCAGCUGGGACAGACCCGGAGCCAGUCUACGGGGACAACCAGUAAUGAGCUGUCUGCCUGUCCAGACCUAAGGAAGCUGUCAGCACAGGAGAAAAACCUCCUGAGGAUCCGCAGCCUGGAAAGGGACAAACAGGAAGGCUGGGAGAAGCUUGUGGGUGAGCGGGAUGCCCUCCAGAGAGAGCUUGAAGAGCUGAAAAGGAAGGCUGAGGGCACGAGGUCACGGAACAAGGUGCUGUCAAGCGAAGUGAAGACCCUCCGGAGUCAGAUGGGAACCCUGGUGGAGAAGGGCAGGCACGACGACGAGCUCAUCGAUGCCCUCGUGAACCAGCUGAAGCAGCUGCAGGAGGUUCUGAGCAGCCUGAGUCUGCAGGAGGAAAAGGCAUGGGCAUCCCAGCACCACCUCGGCCAGCAGCUCAACAACGAGGCCCAGCGGAGCAGCAGCCUUGUCGCCCAGCUGCGGGCCAUGGUGGCUGAGCGGGAGGCCAAGGUGCGGCAGCUGGAGGUGGAGAUCAGGCAGCUCAGUGUACAGUAUCUUCGGAAUAAAGGAGUGGGUGAGGGGUCCCAUGGGCCUGAGGUCAACCCCGCCUUCACCAAGUUCCUGGAGGACCCAGGCCUGACCAAGUCCCCAGCCUCAGCAGGCGAUCACGUUGGCAGGGUUGGAUCUUCUCGCUCUCUCACCAGCCUGGGCCAUACUCUGGUGGAAUCGGUUCUCACACGGCCUUCCCUGCCCAGUCCUCAUGUGUCUUCACCCAGGUUCUCGAACUCCCCAGAACAAAAAGGCUGGCAGGCACAGGUGACAGAGUUCAAGGCCCUCUGGCAGGCUGCCGAGGUGGAGCGGGACCGGCUCACCGAGUUUGUCUCUGUCCUGCAGAAACGGGUGGAGGAGAGCAAUGGCAAGCUUCUGGCGUCAGAGAGGAAGCUGCAGGAGGAGCGGCAACACACUGUGGCGCUGGAGCAACACCUGGAGAAGAUGCACUUGGAGCCUGAGAGGACUUCAGCCCCUCGGAGAGCAGCGGCCAGGAGCAAAACAGGUCUACCUGCCUCUAACACCAGACAAAACCUGAAUAGGAAUGAGAGAAAGGACCCAUCCUUCACCCAGCUCUCCAACGUGCCUGUGGAAUCCCAGAUGGAGGAGCUGACCACCAGGCUGGCCAUCCAGGUGGAGGAGAAUGAAAUGCUGAAGGCUGCCCUGGACAGUGCCCUGCGGGGAAAGGAGGAGGACUUUCGAAUGUACCAUGAAACCCUAGGUCAAGUGAAAGGGGUCUUCCUGCAGGCUCUGCGGCAGCAGAAGGUGGACAAGCAUUAGGAUGGUAGCCCAGUGUCAGCCUGGCCAGAUGGGGCAGCCUCAGGCCCUGAGUGGACAAGGCUUUGCCUGAGGACUCUAUUUUCUCCUGGAGUCAGCUUGGCCCUUCACCUGAAAGAGGCCCUCCAAGGUGAACAAAGCCAACAUCUCAGGCCAGAAGGGCGAAGGAGCUGCCCUGGAGGAGGCCCUGGGCAGGUUAGGCUGCAGUGGGGAAGAAGACCAAGCAGCCCACUCAGCAUCAGUGAGAACUCUGGAUGAGCAGCCAGCUGUGCAGACAGAUGCAGUCUCUCGAGCAGCUGCUCAGCACCCUGUCCUAGGGUCUAGCUGCAUGCCCCCGCAGAGAGCCCUCAGUGCUCCCAGUUGGAAGCAUCCUCCAGGGCACCCAGCCCCACCUGACCCCCUCACCAGGGCAUCCCACACCCUGCUCCCCACGCCAUGGCCCCAUCAGCAGCCAUCCCUCCCUCUGCAGAUUUGGGGGCACCACGCUCCCAGCACUUCUCAGCCCACGCCUCAGGGCUCUUGCUUAGAUGCAGACUCUCAGACUUGUAAUAAUAAUGAUGAUUUUCAUAGCUGCUGAGUGAGCGGGCAUCUACUGUGAGUGGGCAUCUACUGUGGAAACCUGGCCUCAUCUACUCCUCUAGUAACACAGGGGAUUGUCAUCCUGUUUUACAGAUGAAGAAACAGGCUCACAAAAGAAACUCUGGCCUGCCCUACUCCAAACCAGGGUCCUCUGUUGAACAGAUUAGCCAGGACGGACUUGGCCACCCCUCUGUUGGGUGACUCUACCACCAGCCAGAUGCUCCAAGAAGCCACCUCCAUUUGCUUCCAAAAGGCAGCAGCUGGUGGGUGCUGGUGGUGGAGGGCAGAGGUGGGGCUGGGCAGGAGGACUUUGAAGCAGUGAGUUCAGGGGAAGGCGUGGUACACCUCCCUCACCUCAGCAUGCAGGUGAGCUAGGAGGGCUGCUGCGAGAGAGCCCCCUGCCCUUUCUGUGACUGCCACAGUGCCACCCCCCACUGGACUGCAGUUACAGCCAUGGGGAGAGGUAGCCCUAAGGCAGGUCACCCACAGCCGCACGCCCCAACCCCAGAGGACCUGACAGCAUCUGUGCACACAGACCCACACAAAUAUCUGGACUCAGGAGUAUGCCACCACACAUGCACACACAGGUGCCCACAGAGAGCGCCAACACACACUCAGGCCCUGCCGUGAGGCAUGGGUGCACACGAGCAUGUGUACAGGUGUAGACUCAAAUUCUCACACAUGAAGACCAGUCAUCUGUGCCUCUUAUUGUUCAUAAAUGUGGGUGCACAUACUGCGCAAAUGCCCCUCCCCAGGAGAAACCACCUGGUACUCCUGGGACCCUGUCUGCUCAGGCCCUUCUCAGGGAUAGGGCUGUGGAGGGACUCUGCUGGCCCCCCAGUCAGGAGCCCCUGAACCACAUGGCAUGGCACAGGCCUGAAGAUCCUCUGGCAAGGUGCAGUGAAGGCCAUCAGGAUGAAGCGGUGAUUCUGAUGGGGUCCUAAGGAUCCCUGAGAAGGAAGUUUUCCUUUGAUCCUUGUGAGGGAAAUAGCUAGGCAGAGCCAGAGGGAGUGAGAGGGCCUCCUCUGGGAGGAGAUAGCAUGUGACAGGAGUGGGCCGGACACAGUCGGAGCACCAGGCCAAGUCGUCAGCACCUUCUCCUGCAGGCACUAGGGAGGCCCGGAGGGUGAUUCAGGUGCAGGGGCUGCAGGCUCUGGCCCUCAGCGGAGUCCCUGGGAGGGAGAGGCAGGCAUAAGACCAGCCAUCCUUUGCCAGGGAUGAACAGAGGAGCAGGGGCUGACCUCAGGGAGCUGCAAGGUGGCAGAAGCCACAUCCCGACCUCUCAAGGGCGGUUUUGCUGCCCUUCUUGGCUCCGUGCUGGGUCUGAGAAAUAAAAGGGGAUCAGGUCAUGGGGUUUGACUGGGUGGGGGUGCCUGGGCAGCUCUCCUUCCCCAAUCACCACCAGCUGUGUGGCCUUGGGCAAGUUACUUAACCUCCCCGAGCCUCCAUGUCCUCAUCUGUAAAAUGGGGACAAUGAUGGAAACCUCCUUCAAGGGCUGGUAUAGAUGUCAAAGAAUAGCUCAAAGACAUUAAGCUACUUAUUAGC